UUCACUCUAAAACUGCUCCUUCUUCACUUCCGGUUCCCUCUUCCGAUUUUCUCGCCCUUCAAUAUCCGGCCGCCGCUCUCCGAUAUCGAGAAUUGUGGAGGUUUCUGAGGAGUUUAAUCAUGGCUGAUGGGGAUUCGGAUUCGGACAGUAGCUUUGUCCUUGUGAGUGAGGGCACUUCUGUGGGUAGUGAUUCUGAGAGUUUUGUCAUUGUGAGUGGAGACAACUGUGUGAGUUCUGAUUCGGAUGAAGAUCUGUGUGGUGGAAGAAGACACCAGUUGAAGAAGCUGGUGGAUUAUUCUAGUUCGGAUUCUGAUGAAGUUCUGUUGGAUUGUGGUGGAUCACUGGGGAAGGGAAAAUAUGUGGGCACUAAUGAGUUUCACAUAUAUCCAUGUAAAAGAAUUGGUCAUUUUUGUGGAGAUGAUUGCGAUGAAUUUGGAGUGAAAAAGGCCGAAGAGAAUGCUGACAUCAAUAAUGUCACAAUGGAGUAUGUUCUUCCAUUCCUCCCUGCUAAAACAAUUUGCAGGUUCAGAAGCGUUAGCAAACAUUGGGAUAAGUGGAUUACCAAUCCUUUUUUCGCUCACAAGCAGGCUUACACCUUCCGCAACAUUUCUGGGUUUUUCUGCCAACUGCCUGGGGAAAAGCCUUCUUUUGUCUCACUCGACGGAGAUGCAUAUGGCAUUCCCAAUCCAUCUCUUGAUUUCUUGCCUCAGUCAGUUACUGUUAGGACUGCUUGUAAUGGCCUGCUCUGCUGCGCAAGUUGUGACGGAGAAAAUACUUACUAUAUCUGCAAUCCUGUGAACAAGGAAUGGACAGUGCUUCCCAAGUCAGAAUCUUAUCAUGGAUCUGAAUCAGUCCUAGCACUAGCUUUUGAGCCUUCUGUGCUUGGCUUUGAGGAACAUUUUCAACUUGUGUGUGCCUUCUCUUUACCUGAUCUGCCGGUAAUCUUUUUUGAUGUAUACUCUUCAAGGUCGAGUUCUUGGCAUUGCAGUACGACAGUAUGCUGUGAGAUUGAUGCUCUGCACUUGACUGGCCAUGGGCUCUUUCUGAAGGGAAUGGUCCUCUGGGAAACUCUUACUGGUGCGAUAUUGGCUUUCAAUCUGAAGGGGGAGCAAUAUGGUAUAUUGCCUCUCCCUCCGUGCAGUGGACCACACGGUGUUAUGGCAGAGAUGUACGGCGAGCUGUGUUAUAUUCUGCCUGUUCUGGAAGACUCUGUGUACACCUUGGAGAUCUAUGGUGAUAUGGACAUGAAGCUGAAGCGCAUAAUUCCUCUUGCUGAUGGUAUUUUCACAGAUGGUUAUGAAGAGUUGAGGGCUUUGGCUUGUGUGAAUGAUGAUGUGGUGAUCAUGCUUCUUGGAAAGAAACUGAUUGCUUAUCAUGUGAAAGCAGAGAAGGCAGAUAUCAUACAUCGCGACAUUGGGACUAGUGCUGGAUAUGCAGGUUAUCUUCCAUAUGUGAACAGUCUGGUGCACAUAAAUCAUCCAUGAGCGGCAUUGGAUCCUGCAACGAAAAUAGCUUAGAGUCUGUCUCCCGCCCUGUCUAUCAAUCUUGACUGUCUGUUGAUUUUAGGAUUCUAUUGGUCUGCAAGUUCAUAUUUGAUCUUCUUUGCAUGUUUGUGAAGGAGGUCGCAUUUUGGAACUUGUUCAAGGUCAUAAAUUUUCUUUCUGGGUAUUGAUGUCUAUAUGUUCAGAUCAUGAAACCAUAACUGGGUUUAUGAAUAACUACCUAGUCAUUUUCCCUUAUCAGAUGAUGAUGAACAUUUAUUGCUGUAUGUAUAAAGUACACUGCAUUUUUUUUGGUA